GGGGCAGCGCUGGCAUUUCCCGCAGGGUCGCGGCUCCCCGCAGCAGCUCUCGCCUGGCAGCCGGAGCGCAGGAACCGCUGGCUCGCCCGGAGAUGACGGACGCCCUCCCGCCCCGCGCCUGCAGGGCGGCGGAGCCGGCAGAGGACGGCUAUUUUCGUAAGGGAUGUAAUCCUCUGGCUGAGACUGGACGAAGCAAACUGCAAAAUCAAAGAGCUGUCCUAAACCAACAGAUCUUAAGAGCAGUGAGAAUGAGAGCUGGUGCUGAAAAUCUGUUAAGAGCAACCACUAACAACAAAGUGCGAGAGCAGGUGCUACUGGAACUGAGUUUUGUAAAUUCAGACCUGCAGAUCUUAAAGGAGGAACUGGAAGGACUUAAUAUCUCAGUAGAAGUUUACCAAAAUACAGCAGAGACUUUCAGCAUUCCCUUGGUACCUCUUGGCCUGAAGGAAACCAAAGAAGUAGACUUCACACUCCCCCUCAAGGACUUUAUUCUGGAACAUUACAGUGAGGACAGUUCUGAGUAUGAAGAUGAAAUAGCUGAUCUCAUGGAUCUGAGACAAGCCUGCCGCACUCCCAGCCGAGAUGAAGCUGGCAUUGAGAUGCUGACAAGCUAUUUCCUUCAACUUGGUUAUGUAGAGAACAGAUUUUUCCCACCCACCAGGCACAUGGGAGUUUUAUUUACAUGGUAUGAUUCCUUCACAGGUGUGCCGGUGUGCCAGCAAAAUCUGCUGCUUGAAAAAGCUAGUAUCUUAUUCAAUAUCGGAGCCCUCUACACUCAGAUUGGAACAAGAUGCAAUCGUCAGACCCAGGCUGGACUUGAAAAUGCUGUUGGUGCUUUUCAGAGAGCUGCAGGAGUCCUAAGCUACUUAAAGGAGACCUUUACUCACACCCCAAGCUAUGAUAUGAGCCCAGCCAUGCUGAAUGUGCUGGUGAAAAUGCUGCUUGCCCAGGCUCAGGAGUGUGUGUUUGAGCAGAUUGGUCUCCCAGGGAUACGCAAUGAGUUUUUCACCCUGGUGAAAAUGACACAGGAAGUUGCCAAGGUGGGAGAGGUUUACAUGCUGGUUAACACUGCAAUGAAUCAAGAACCAGUGAAAGAGAACAUCCCCUACUCCUGGUCUAAGCUGGCACAGAUAAAGUCAGAUCAUUACAAAGCUCUGGCACAUUACUUCAUUGCCACCAUCCUGUGUGACCAUGAACUGCAGGCUGGCGAUGAUGAAGACCAGCAGGAGAAAGCCUUGUCUCAGCUGUAUGACCACAUGCCUGAAGGACUGAUGGCUCUCAGCGUAUUAAAGGACAAAGUCCAGAGAAAACAAUUAGGGAAGGCACAUCUGCGCCAAGCUGUGGUGUGCCACGAGGAAGCUCUGCGGGUCUGCGGGCUGUGCAAGAAGCUCCGAAAUAUCGACGUUCUUCAGGAGGUUCUGACAGCUGCUCACAAGCGCUCGCUGCUCAAAUACUCUCAGCAGGAGACAGAAGAUGACUUUCUCAGUCUAAUCCAGGCUCCAGAUAUCAUUGCUAAAACAGAGCACAAAAUUGAAAUCAUCAUGCCGCAGUUUUCCAAGGUCAAAGUGAAGGACUUCUUUCACAGGCUGGGCCCGCUGGCAGUAUUCUCAGCCAAACAGCGAUGGACAGCUCCACGGCCCCUUCGCAUCCACCGUGAGGCAGGAGAGCUGGGAUUCAGUCUUAAAGGAGGUUCACCGGUCCAGAUCUAUUGUCUUGAUCCAGUUUGUUCUGCAGCGUCAAUGGGCCUGAAGGAAGGUGACUACAUUGUUUCAGUUGGUGGGGUGGAUUGCAAGUGGCUUGGAGUGAAUGAGGUGCUGGAAAAACUAAAAAGCAUGGGAGAGCAGCCCAUUGAGAUGGAGGUCAUCAGCUGCCAGGAUACAGCAGCCUCCAUGCAUAAUAAGAGUGCAACUUAUUCUGUGGGAAUGCAGAAGACCUACUCCUUAAUCUGUUUAGCCAUGGAAGAGGAUAAGAUUGAUCAAACUAAGAAAACACCACUGAAGUUGCCUUUUCUAAGUUGGGGAACGAAGAACAGGCAGAAAGCUGCAAGCACCCUCUGCCUGCCUUCAGCUGUGGCUGGAAGUUCCCAUAUUAAGAAGAAGCUUUCGCCCUUGACCCUUCUUAAUUCAGAAAGUUCAUUGUACUGACUCUCUCCUCAGGACCUGAUACUGUGGCUGUUUUUCUUUUAGAUGUACGUAAAAUAUUGAACUGUUUUAACUUUAUAUGUGUGUAUGAGCUCAGACAAGUGCUGCUGGCUGUGCUGUGCGUUGAGCCACUACGGAGGUCAGGGGCCAGCUAAACCUGUAAAACUGAAGUAUGUGAAGGUUAGAAUGAAGUUGUUUGGGAGGUCUGCAAUAACAGGUUGCAGAUAGUGUUGCUUACAAGACUGAAUUCCUUUGGAAUUUCAAAAUAGUAUCAUGACUAGCAUUUUGUAACUAUGAUAAUGGGAGCUAUUUAUUUCAGACUUGGUGCUGCAUGCACAAUAGGGGACACAGUAAAGGAUGAUUUUGCUGUAAAAGUGUAGAGCAAACACUAAACCACUGCACACUAUAGAGUUCUCUUGUCAAAGUACAGGUGAGGGAGAAGGAUAUUCCUCAGCUACGCAAGCCUCAUGCCAUGGGGCAGGGCAGGUGGUGGUUUUUAUGCACGGCCAUUCUCAUUCUGAGAGCCCUAGGUGUAUUCUGCUGAAUAGUCAGUUUAAUUCUAGAUGAGAAUUAGAAGGUGUAGAAGCCAAAAGAUCUUUCAAACUGCAAAAGGUUUUUACCCUGCCCUUUUUCUGGUGCCUGAUGGUGCCAUUGUUAAAAAAGGGCUUUAUUCCAAACUUGAACACAUUUAACCUGGCUACCAUAAGACUUUUAUCUCAGCAGUCUCGAUAAAAUGGAUAGCUGUAGAACGGUUCUCAAACCUGACAUGUUCCAGUAUAUUGAUCAAGAGUGGUGAUGCUUCAAAAUACAAGAAAAGAAGUCUUAAAUGGCAGAAUACUUGGCACGAUAAAGGCAAAUAAAGGGAUACAAGAUUCUCCUUCCCCCCCUUGGAACACCCAGUGAGAAAAUACUGGCUAUGUGUUAAGGAGCGUGACAAAUAACACAGUAUUGCUUUGAGAUUCCUCUAUUUGCUGAAAUUGAAAUGAAUUGAGAAUUGCUAACACUGUAGUGUUAGUUAACAUUGCCAUCUACAGAGUAGAUAUAUGCUGUUUGAUACUCAAAACUUCAGGAGAAAAUGUGUAGCUGGGUGUAAAGUUUGAAGUUGGCAUUUCUUUUUAGUUUCUUAUGUAAUAGGUGUAAAUAUGUUGAUGACACUUAUUUAAUAAUAAAAAUCAGAUGCUGCCA